UUCGCUAGUCUGUGCUCUAUUCCCAUUUGUUUAACGAAAGCACCGAAAUUUUUCGUUUUUUUUCUUUCCUGUUCCAUAAUUUGUGUGUGUGUGUGUGUGUUUGAAUCAAAACGACAAAAUUCACUCCGUAUCUUGCUUUUGGAAGAGUAUACUUUGGCAAAAACUUUUUUCCUCCUAACAAGAAGGAAGGCAGAAAAAAAAAUAAACACGAAAUACACGAGAGAUUAUACAGUCUGAGCUUUUAAAAAAAUCCUACGCACUCGUACAUGGAUAGCAUUUGCAUAAAAUGUGUCGAGUCGCUCUUGAAAAUCAAUUGAAUUGGCUUAAACACGUUUACUACACGCGAUUUUCUGUCAAGUAAUAUAUUCGGUUAUAUUAUGUGCGUUCGUUUCGCUAUGAAUGCAAUAUUUUGAGUUUUAUGAGCUUUUAAGGAUUCGACAUACACAUAAAAAAAGAAAAAAAAAUACGAGUAAAAAGAAUACUGCGUGUCAUAAAUAGUACAUUUUGUUGUACAUUCGAAGAAUUUUGCGAGAUUUUCCAAGUGUGGUUUCACAAAACCACAAGUUUGAAAUGCGUUCGAAUUGACUGGAAAGAAAAGCUCCUGGAAAACAUAAGGAAUUUUGCGUCAUUAUUUUUAAUGUUUAACCACUGCUUGAUUGGUAAAGUUUGCUGAAUUUUGUGUGUUUGUGUUUGUGUGUCUGUGCCGAGCGCGAAAGAAGUUUUCCAACAAUGAAUGGAGUUUCAUUUCUCCGAGGCUAUCGUAAAUUCUUUACACAGUAAGGGCAACGAAAACAGACAGCGAGAAAAAAAGAAUCGAAAAAGAGCCACGACGAUGUGAAAGUUGUGUUAUUUUUUUUACUUCAAUUGGCUGGACGGGACCAGAUGACGACGAAAAACGACGCAGAAAAAAUGUUGACAAGCCAGAGGAAACAUUUCCGGUGUACAAAAUCCAAUUUUAAAACAUAAAAGUAAAUUCAUCCCGACAUUCACAUAAUUCAAUCCGUACACGUGAAUUACGUGAAACGCACGAUAUAUACGUGCAGCAUUGUUGCUUCUUUUUAUCAUAGGAAUUGAAAAAGUGCACGUGGGCAAUGCGUUUAUCGAUAUGGAUUCCAGGCAUUUUGGGAAUCCUCGGUCCAAUCGUCAUACCCAUAUCACAUAUGGUUGUACUAUGGUUCUAUUGGCAAAACUAUGCUCGUUUCGUUGACCGCCGAUUUUGUUCGUGCUCCUGCUGGGACACCGUAUUCAAAGGCACAUAUGAGUCAGGCAUUGCCAGCUACAAGCACUUAUACUUCAAUGCAACGGAGAAUACGAUGAAAAUAUGGAUUUUGACAGUCAUUGCUAUAAUCGCUCUGUACGAAUGUGCAAAACAUCUAAUCAGCCUAAUGAUUUUGAAAUCGGUGCGAUACUCCAUGAUAUUCCUAUUCUGCCUAUCGAUUUUCUCGCAUUAUUAUGGAUGGUGGGCCUUUCUUAACUAUUACAAUGACGAUUUUUACAGCCAAUGGAACCACCAAAUGUUUUUUACGAUAACCGAAUUAUUAUCGACUAGUGUAGUGUUUCAUUUAGCGAAUUUAGAAAAUAUAGUAACGCCAAGAAAAGUACUCUCUGUCGUCGGCAUAGCCAUACUGCAUAUUGUAGCAAGUGGGUUUGAUCAAUUCAUUGCGAAUGUUUUCAAAGGUGAAGGCUUGCUUCAUCAGAUAAUUCGGGACUUAGGCUUUAUGAUACCAGACAUUUUUCAUUUCAUUAUACCGAUUUGGCUUCUGCGAAAAUCAAGACGCGAAAAUUACUCGACUAAACCAUUUUAUCGAGAUCAUAAAUUGAAAAAUGAUAUCGUAGCUACGUUUGUCAUUGUGACCAUAUUAUUGCUGGUUUGUUUAUUCUUGUAAAACACACGGGGCCAACGGCAACACACAAUUUGUUAUUUGCGAUUUUUACAUCAUUUUAUUUGUUUCGGAUGGAUUCCAUUCCUGAAAACUGACCUUGUUUUUUUCUUUCUUUUGGGUUUGUUUGCAUUUUGUUUAAAUUACCAUUGCCGACCAUUUGUCGCCCAUCAAAUUAUCUGAUUAUGCUUAGAAUGUUUUUCAAAUUGUUCACAAAUAGAAUGCCAUCAUAAAUAUUUAUUCAAGCAUUAAGGCGUUUUUUUAGAGAAAUCAAGGACUGGAUAAUGAAUACAACUUUUUUUCUACUCAAUUAUACACAUGAAAUCUAAAUAGAAGCCAAACGCUUCUUCAAAUAAUGAACAUGCUAAAUUCUUACCGAUAUGACAAUAAGCCAUUUUAUUUCCAUGUUUUUUUUUCAUUUUUAUUGCCACAUUUUCCUCUUUAUUUUUUGUGAGUAUUUUCGCGGUGAAUAGCAACCGAAGAUGAAUUUUUGGUUUUGAACAGCCCCCCCCCAGCCGCAAUAAGGAGCCGAUUAAUUGAGUUGCCUUCGAUGACAAUUGAAUCAAACAAAAAACAAAUCAAAUUAGAAUUUAUUCAAACACAUUGGAUAGCCUUCAGAAAAUUACAGGUCAAACGAAACGAAAAAAUAAAUAAAUCGAAAAUCAAUUUAUACGAAAAAUGGAAAUUUGUUGUGAAAAUCAUUUUCUUUAUUGCGUUGAUUUAAAUUUCAUUUUCUUUUCUAUUUUUGCAAUACACUUGAACACUCAGUUAAACGAAUUUGUUUGUUAAUGUUCCUUAUCAUAAAAUACAUAAUGACUUGAUAGCGACAGUGAUAGACUUCUUUUUUCUAAACAAAAUAUACAGUCAUCGAUUUUAUGUUUCAUUUGUAUCAAUUUUGGUUAUCAUUAAAUCUUAAUAGCAGCGCACACUCAAAGGCACUUGCUGAAAACAUUUGAAUUAAUUGACAGAUUGAAAUUGUGAGAUUGUUAAGUAUUUUAUUUCUACUAAAAAUGAAAGAAAUUUCUUUUCAAAUUGAAAAUUAAAUCAAAGUCAAUUGAAGUAUAUAUAUUGAUGAGAUAAAAAAAAACCAGCCAACCAAACGAGAAAGAUGGUCAGCUACGGCUGACGCUCGUUAUCCAGAUAAUUUGCGUGCCGUGAACGCAUAUAGAACGCUCCGCUGACAUUCCGUUUUUGUGACGUG